GUUUUAAUUACAAGACAUAAACCCUAAACCCUAAUGAAGAUAACUUCUUCUUCUUCUUCUUCUUCUCCUCUUUUUUGUCCAUAGAAACGAAGUCCAUUUCCGGAACAAAAAAAAUGGCGGGCUUUGAGCAAUCAAAAAACAUGUACGAUGUGAGAUUGAAGCCUCUGAUGCUCCGCAGUCUGAUGAGACAAUAUGUUCCUGACGAGAAGCAUCCUCUCAGUCUCAACAGCAGCUGUUUUGAGCUGUCAAAGGUGGUUUCUAUCGUCCAAACUCACCGACUCUUAUCAGAAUCGUACCCCCAAUCCAUGGAUGUAAAGCUUGUUCACAGCUGGAAAUCGGCCGUCGAUGAUUGGGUCAAUCGCUUAUUACUGCUGCUCUCUAGCGAUAUGUCAGAUAAAUGUUGGUUAGGCAUCUGUCUGCUUGGGGUUACUUGUCAAGAGUGCAGUUCUGAUCGGUUUUUGUCGUCAUACUCUGUUUGGCUCCACAAGCUUCUAUCACAUAUUCAGUCUCCAGCAGAUUCUCAACUUGUGAAGGUUGCUUCUUGUACAGCAAUAUCAGUUCUAUUCACGAGUAAUUCCUAGCAGUUCAUUCACCAAGGAACAAAGCUGUCUUGCCUAAAAGCAACUCAACAAAAGAUGAUCGACUUGGUCUGCUUCAGUUUUACAGAGAAAGCAUCUCUUUGGAAGAAAUUUCCCUGCUUUUGGAGGUUUCCACUUUUUAGAUG